AUGCUUCUCACUCUCGCUCUUCUCCCAACCUUGGGCCUUGCCCUCGCCACCAAACGCGAUGACACCUGGGGCGGAAGCGUAUCCCUGGGCCCAACCAAGUCCACCAUCACCAACGCCGUGACAACCCUCAUCCCCGGCGCCGCACCCGCAACCCAGAAUGGCGAGCUCUUCCUCUGGCCAGGAAUGAGCAACGGCACUGGCGAUCUCGUACAGACGACUCUCGAGAGCUGGGCAAGCAAUGAUUGGUGCGGCGCGGAGAGCGGACAAUGGUGUGUUCGCGCGAGCUUGUUCGGAAGCUUUGGACAACUGGAUGGAAGUGCCAGUGCUGUCAGUGGGGAUGAGAAGGUCCGCAUCGAGUAUAACUUGGAAUCGGAUGGGGAGACGUGGUUGCAGAAUGUGACCAACGCGGAUACCGGCAAGGUGUUGUCGACCUUCUCGCACAACUCGGGCCCUUAUAUGACUGGAUAUGGUACCGGGACCGAAUGUGAUAGUGAUUGCACUGGCACGGUCGCAGCCCAGCAAUACCUCAACACGGUCAUCACUCUGGCUGAGGCCGAUGAGAGCUUCGGCAGCACCAUCGCUAAGGCUGGCAGCGCGACCUACGAAGGAUUGAGCUCGAGCGAGGGCGGCAAGGUGUGGACCAUUAAGACGAUCAAUGUGCCUGCCAUGCAGAGCUCCUAG